AGAUCCAGUGGAGAUGAUGAAGUGAGGGUAGGGGUGGGACAAAGAUGUGAAGAGGUAAGGGGAGGAGGUGAAGGGAGCUUUCUUGGUCAUUUUCCAGAAUGUGUCUAUAAAAUAGAAAAGCCAGGUAGAUGGUAGGUAUGUGUUAAAUGGUUAUAUAUCCAAAUGUUUAUACAUAUACGCAUCUAUAAAGAAAACCUUACAAUUGGACCCAAGUUAUGUCUGAGGGGUACUGAAUGAUAUUUAAGGGUUUGUGAGUGCCCCGGCUUCCUCUGGAUAAUAUGGUAAUCCCUACCCCAUCCCUUAGUCCUCUCUCCUUCUGUUCUAAGUGCUGGGCAGCACAAGGGGAAGGAAUCCAGGGGAGAAAGGGACAAGUGUGACCUGAAGCGCCCCAAAGGCCAUAGAGGGGAGCCCCUAAAAACACAUUCAUCAACUUUCUUCUUUGGCAAAAGCCAGUUCCCAAUGUACCAGAAUGGAAUGGAACAAUGAUGCUUUACACCACCAAAGGUGUAGGCUUGAUUCAAGAAACAUUUCCUCUCUGUAGGGGGGCAGUGGGAGGGGUGAGAUGAUAAAAGUUGGUGGAAGGCAAUUCUUUCCAAAGUCCAGACCUUGGAGUGGCCCCAGAAGGUGUGGACGUGCCCAAGUUUUGUUCUUCUCUCUUUCGUUAAGAAGAUCUGUAGUUCAAUGGGAACCUUUAUCGGUCAUGUGUACCCGGGGCUGUUUCUAUUUUCAUACGGACUGUAUCAGGCAAUAGUGGUCUCCAAAGCUGUGAUAUUCAAUGACUCUCGCCUGAAUCCUUCAUGUCCUCCAAGAAACAAGGGAAGAUGGGCCAAGCUGUGGGAAAUAUCCUACCGAGGUUUGUUGAAAAUAGUGACCGGCUCCAUCUUGAUAGCUUAUGAGAACAGUUGCAUUAAAGGAGGGUUAGUCCUGAUGAACAGGGAAAUGCCACCGAGAUUUAUGCUCCCCAAACAGUGGCAGCACCUCACCAUGUUCAUCCUCCUCACCCUCAAUGGCUGUGUAGAUGUCACGAGCAAGAACUUGCUGCCUCAGAGGUGUGUGCUCCUAGAAAAAGGUGCCCUGGUCCUGAUCUUCUACGUGCUCCUGAUGCUGUUGGUGUCACAUGUUCAAGAUUCGACAGGGGUGGAACUGCAGGUUCAUUCUCUACUCAUCUUGGUGGUGUUCCUGCUGAUGCUGGUGUUCACUGUUGAGCUGUGGACUCCCAAUGCAUUUCACCUCUCAAUGAUUGAGACCUUCCUGUUUCUGAUGAUGGGCUCCUGGCUGAUGCAGGCAGGCUUUAUUCUGUACCGACCAGUCACCGGCUACCCAUGGCAGGAUGAUGACAUCAGUGACAUCAUGUUUGUCACCACCUUCUUCUGCUGGCAUGUGAUGAUCAAUGCUUUGUGCCUGUUAGGAAUCUAUGGUGUUUUUUCCUUUUGGCAUCAUUGUUACAAUCCCAGGUCGAAGCUGACAGGAUCCAAAAAAGCUCCAUAUUAUGCAAACACUGAAGGACCCAUCUACCACUUGCUGCCAGAAGUGGAGCAGUCAGAGAAAGAUGACCAGGCUCUUCUCCUUCCAGAGAGCUCACCCUGAGAUAGGGCCCAGGAUACCUGGCACAUUGUCCAUCCCUUCUUCCUCCUUGUAGGUUCUCUUAGACAUGUGCAUUAUAUCCUCUUCGGUCUCCAAUGAAGGUAAUGGCCAUGGAGAGCAUUUGGUCUCCGUCUGCUGGUACAUCUCCUGAACUUGUAAUUGCUGAGGAAAUGAGAGGGGGCUGAGAAAGGGAUGCUGAAUAGAUUGGUGAGGUGGGGGAAAGAGAACCAAGUGAAUAGAUAAAUGUGCAAGAAAAGCCAUGGGGAUUAAAAAUGCAAUAGAAGGGAAGCCUUUGAAGGGAAGAGAGGGGAAUCCAGCAGUCAUUCCAUCUACCAGCUACUUCUCUGGGUACAAGUGAUUGCCUUUUACCUGAGGGAAUAAUGAUUUCUUACAAUUCAAAACUGGAAUCAUUCAUGUCUCAUCCUGAUAAAGAAUAGUGGGUAUUUCUGUUUGCUCACCAAAAUGGCUCUACCAUGUGGAGCUAGCAUCAACAGAACUUUUGUCUCCUCCCAAAGAAAGUCCUUUAAGGAUUGGGUUAAUUUCAAAUUAAUAAAGUGAAACUAUACUAAUGCUUUAAUAUAGUAACAUUUCAAAUUUGUACAACUGAAAUUUUUAUAGAAUCCAAAUGUUCAGUGUUUUCCUAACUUCAUAUUUUAUUAGUCCUAUUCCAGACAAAGCUUACCUAGUUCACCAUUACCACCUUAGCACAUGUAAUUUACUAGAUCCUAUCCAUGAGUGUU